AUGUCCAGGAUCUGCAUUGCCCGUUCGCGAAAUAUUGCAUUCGCUAGGUAUGCGUUGCCUUUCGAACGAAUCGACGACCCUCGUGGGUGGACCGUGGAGGUGUUCCAGCGCUACUGGGCCCACUCGAUCACCAUCUCCAUCGCCUACUUCAUCAUCAUAAAAUGCAUUCAAAGCUACAUGGAGAAAAGAGGACCGUUUCCAUUGAAGACAACGCUGUUCUUGUGGAACACCGCACUGGCAGUCUUCAGCAUUGUCGGAUUUAUCAGGAUCUCAGAGGAUUUUUUCCAAUCGCUCUACACGAACGGCAUAUACUUCUCGUUUUGCUACUCGUGUCAUCCGAACGACGUCGCCGCUUUCUGGAGCUUCCUCUUCGCUAUCUCUAAGGUAGUCGAACUUGGUGACACAUUGUUUAUUGUUCUAAGAAAGAAGCCACUGUCCUUUCUACAUUAUUAUCAUCAUGCUGCCGUCCUCGUCUAUACAGUACAUUCAGGUGCUGAAAACGCUGCUCCCGGUCGAGCAUUUAUCACCAUGAACUACUUUGCCCACUCCGCCAUGUACACCUACUACGCUCUCACCUCCUCCGGACUCAAAUUACCAAGAUGGGUUAGUUUCUUACAGCCAAAGACAAACCGCAACCUCAAAAAUAGAUUUAGUUUAUAA